AAAUGACAUCAGAUGUACCAUCAUUGGGUCCAUCCAUUGCCUCUGGAAAUCCAGGGCCUGGGAUUCAAGGUGGGGGUGCCAUUGUCCAGAGGGCUAUUAAGCGUCGACCAGGGCUGGAUUUUGAUGAUGAUGGAGAAGGGAACAGUAAAUUUUUGAGGUGUGAUGAUGAUCAGAUGUCAAAUGAUAAGGAGCGGUUUGCCAGGUCGGAUGAUGAGCAGAGCUCUGCGGAUAAAGAGAGACUUGCCAGGGAAAAUCAUAGUGAAAUUGAACGGCGGCGGAGGAACAAGAUGACAGCUUACAUCACAGAACUGUCAGACAUGGUACCGACCUGUAGUGCGCUGGCUCGAAAACCAGACAAGCUAACCAUCUUACGCAUGGCUGUUUCUCACAUGAAGUCGUUACGGGGAACGGGCAACACAUCCACUGAUGGUUCCUACAAGCCAUCUUUCCUCACUGAUCAGGAACUGAAACAUUUGAUUUUGGAGGCAGCAGAUGGCUUUCUGUUUAUUGUCUCAUGUGAGACAGGCCGGGUGGUGUAUGUCUCUGAUUCAGUGACUCCUGUUUUGAGCCAGCCACAGUCUGAAUGGUUUGGCAGCACACUAUAUGAUCAAGUGCACCCAGAUGAUGUGGAUAAACUUCGUGAACAACUUUCCACGUCAGAAAGUGCCUUGACAGGGCGUAUCCUGGACCUAAAAACUGGAACAGUGAAAAAGGAAGGUCAGCAGUCUUCCAUGAGGAUGUGUAUGGGUUCAAGGAGAUCAUUUAUUUGUCGAAUGAGGUGUGGUAAUAGCUCCGUGGACCCAGUCUCCAUGAACAGAUUGAGCUUUGUGAGAAAUAGAUGCAGGAAUGGACUUGGAUCUGUGAAGGAUGGAGAACCUCACUUUGUAGUUGUCCACUGCACAGGCUACAUCAAGGCCUGGCCUCCAGCAGGUGUUUCCCUCCCAGAUGAUGACCCAGAGGCUGGCCAGGGGAGCAAGUUUUGCCUGGUUGCCAUUGGCAGAUUGCAGGUAACUAGUUCUCCUAAUUGUACAGACAUGAGUAAUGUUUGUCAACCGACAGAGUUCAUCUCCCGCCACAACAUUGAGGGGAUAUUCACUUUUGUGGAUCACCGUUGUGUGGCCACUGUUGGCUACCAGCCACAGGAACUCUUAGGAAAGAAUAUUGUAGAAUUCUGUCAUCCUGAAGACCAGCAGCUUCUAAGAGACAGUUUCCAACAGGUGGUGAAGUUAAAAGGCCAGGUGCUGUCUGUCAUGUUCCGGUUUCGGUCUAAGACUCGAGAAUGGCUCUGGAUGAGGACGAGCUCCUUUACCUUCCAGAACCCUUACUCAGAUGAGAUUGAGUACAUCAUCUGUACCAAUACCAAUGUGAAGAAUUCUAGCCAGGAACCACGGCCUACACUGUCUAACACAGUCCAGAGGUCUCAGCUAGGUUCUACAGCUAAUUUACCCCUAGAGAUGGGCUCAGGGCAACUGGCACCCAGGCAGCAGCAACAGCAAACAGAAUUGGACAUGGUAUCAGGAAGAGAUGGAUUAGCCAGCUACAAUCAUUCCCAGGUUUCUGUUCAGCCUGUGGCAUCUACAGGGCCCGAGCAUAGCAAGACCCUUGAAAAGUCAGAUGUUCUAUUUGCCCAGGACAGAGAUCCCAGAUUUUCAGAAAUCUAUUCUAACAUCAAUGCAGAUCAGAGUAAAGGCAUCUCUUCCAGCACUGUCCCUGCUACCCAACAGCUAUUCUCCCAGGGCAACUCAUUCCCUCCUAACCCCCGGCCGGCCGAGAAUUUCAGGAAUAGUGGUCUGGCCCCUUCUGUAACCAUUGUCCAGCCAUCAUCUUCUGCAGGGCAGAUAUUGGCCCAGAUUUCCCGCCACUCCAACCCUUCCCAGGGAGCAGCCCCAACUUGGACCCCUAGUACUCGCUCAGGCUUCUCUGCCCAGCAGGUUGCUACACAGGCUACAGCCAAGACUCGUUCUUCUCAGUUUGGUGUAGGCAACUUCCAGACUCCGUCCUCCUUCAGCCCCAUGUCUCUUCCUGGUGCACCCACUGCAUCCCCUGGUGCUGCUACCUACCCUACUCUCACCAAUCGUGGAUCCAACUUUGCUCCUGAAGCUGGACAGACUGCAGGACAGUUCCAGACACGGACAGCAGAGGGCGUGGGUGUCUGGCCACAGUGGCAGGGGCAGCAGCCUCAUCAUCGGUCCAGUUCAAGUGAACAACAUGUUCAGCAGCCAUCAGCACAACAGCCUAGCCAGCCCGAGGUCUUCCAGGAAAUGCUGUCCAUGCUGGGAGACCAGAGCAACAGCUACAACAAUGAAGAAUUUCCUGAUCUAGCUAUGUUUCCCUCCUUUUCAGAAUAG